AUGCUACCAUCAAUAACGGCGGCGCCGCCGCCGCCACCGAAGCCGGCACGGCCGGUACGGCGUCGACGGCUGCUGUCGGCCGAGGCAAACGCAGCCACGUCCGCCGCGCCGUCGGCAACAUCCACGCCGCCUCCGCUGCCGCCGCCGCCACCGCCGCUGGCGCCAGCUUGGCGAUCAGCUCUCAAGCGCGAUCGGACGCUACCCCCCAUCAGCGCAAUGGCCGGCUCACCGAGAUUCAAGGUGGACGGCACCGACAGAGAGGGACUUGAUCUGCCGCUGCCGCCGUCCCCUAAAGCCAUGUACGGCAUCCGUACAUCACCCGUGAGACCGUUGCCGCCGCCGCCGCCACGCGACGCCGCAGGGGGCGUCGUCGUCCCCUCGACCAGGGCCGCCCCGGGUCCCCCUCUGCGACCGGUCGCUGCUGGCGGUGUUGUCGGGGCUUCCGUCUGGUGUACUCGGGGGCUCCGGGGGGCUCUGGGAAGUGCUCUGCCAGGUGGUGCGCUUGGUGGCGUUUGA